AUGUAGAAUUUCUUGAUGGGUAAUUACAGGAACUUACAAGCAGCGAUUGGCGCCUACUAUGACUUUGAGAGCCCAAACAUCAGUGUGCCCUCCAUGUCUUUUGUGGAAGAUGUCACCAUAGGAGAAGGGGAGUCAAUACCUCCUGAUACUCAGUUUAUAAAAACGUGGCGGAUCCAGAAUUCUGGAGCAGAAGUCUGGCCUCCAGGGGUUUGUCUUAAAUAUGUCGGCGGAGACCAGUUUGGACACGUGAACAUGGUGAUGGUGAGAUCCCUGGAGCCCCAAGAGAUUGCAGAUGUCAGCGUCCAGAUGUGCAGCCCCAGCCGAGCAGGGAUGUAUCAGGGACAGUGGCGGAUGUGCACUGCUACAGGACUCUACUACGGAGAUGUCAUCUGGGUGAUUCUCAGUGUGGAGGUGGGUGGACUUUUAGGAGUAACACAGCAGCUGUCAUCUUUUGAAACGGAGUUCAACACACAGCCGCAUCGCAAGGUAGAAGGAAACUUCAACCCGUUUGCCUCUCCCCAAAAGAACCGACAAUCAGAUGAAAACAACUUAAAAGACCCUGGGGGUUCCGGGUUCGACUCGAUCAGCAAAAACACAUGGGCUCCUGCUCCUGACCAAACCGAGCAAGAUCAGGAUAGACUCUCACAGAACUCUGUAAAUCUGUCCCCCAGCAGUCACGCAAACAACUUAUCAGUAGUGACUUACAGUAAGGUCGGCUCAGCAGCAAUCCCAGGUCGGGCGUUUUCAUGGAACUCAUGGGAUACUGGCCGGCAGCCUGGCUGUGGGGCUCCACGGGCCUUACCCCUUCGGCCAGUCUUAAACGGGUGUCAGCAAGAAGAAAAAUUAACAAAAGACAGAAGGCCCGACUUGGGGGGAGGGCAAGGGGUUCCUCUGGAUUGCAGACCACGGCGCACGGACCCUGCUCUGACCCCAUCCCAGAAGAGGAGGAAGCAGCAGAACAGACUAGCUGGGGUGGACUCAGUGUGCAUGAGUGAGUGCCGACUGCCGAGCGUCACCCAGCCACCUCGGGUGGUGUCCUUUAAGUGUCUGACAGGUCAUCGGGUCACUCGGGAAGGGGGAAAAAAGCCAUCUUUGUAAACAAAAAUUAUUUUGCCUACGGAGGUUGUAGUUUGGGCACGUUAAUUUUUCCCCACCUUCCCCUUUGAUUUUCUUUAAUGAGGGCAGGACACUCUGUAGAGGGGCCCGUCGGCGCGGCAUGUGGGGCUUCCGGGGGCCAUUGGCCCCGGAGCGCCGCCGGCUCACACGCCUGCAGAAGACUGGCCCCGAUUGUUCCUCAUGGCAUCAGCCGAGGAGUUCGCCCUUCCUCCUCUCUUCCCUUUAAUCUUCUGUUGAUUUACACCUUUGACUUUGUAUUUGUCAACCCUGUGGCUUGUUAGCAUCGGAACCUCUCUGAAGACCAAACUUCCCCGUGUGGCGCCAGAGAAGCCUUGAGGACAGAUCUCGGGUGACGUGGGAGUUUCUGAGUACGAGAGGUGUCCUUCUGCACACGCCUGUAGCAGUUGAGGUCGCUUUCCUUGCAUGUUUCUGGCCGCCAUGCUUACUGUGCUCUCCAUUCUCUGCGCGGCUCCCCACCGCCCCGGAGUGGUUCUCCCACGCUGGGUGGAUGAGUGUGCCCCGUACCCGCGCAGGGAGGUGGCUGGCGCUCACCCGCCGGUGUGCAGCGGGCCAGGGAGGUGUCCGUGCUUCUCUGUUGUCACACGACGCCCUGCCCUCCUUUCCCUGCAGUUGUCCUUUGUGGUGUUUCCACAGCCUGUAAGUGGAGGCUGAGAGUGGAGCUGUUAAGAUGCGGAACCACAGCCCCAAACCAGGAAUUUGUCGUGGGGAAGAGCCAGGGCCAGUGCUUGGUCUUAGAGACCCCACCCCCGCAGACGCUUGGGCUUAGGUGGGGAGGUGGGCAAGGGGCAGCCUCAUCGGAGCCGGGGCUCACUGCUCUCAGGCAGGCAGCCCGCUGCUGUCCUGUGGAUUCCAAGCAGGUCGAGGUGUGGAUGUCUCUGUGGGAAGUUUGAACCAGGCUAGAACAGCUGUCUGCCAAAGAUACAAGAAUAUGCAAAGUCCCUCUUUUCUCCUCAGCCCCUUCUUCCCCGAGUGUCUCAGUGGGUUGGAGAGCCAGGGUGUGGCUCUAAGGUGCGGUCGCAGGGUCCCUUGCCUGUGACCACGCCCCCAUCCAUGCUAGGGGUGGGUGGUGAGAAAAGCAGGGCGUCCAGGGGAUGAGUGGCUGCGAGGGUCCUGUAGCCUGGGUGUGGGUGAGGGUCUGCCUGCCUGUCUGUCUCUGUGUGGGUGUCUGAGUUCCAGAAAACGUGUGGUGUGUUCCUCCUCAUCUCCUCUGAGACUGUUGUUUUUAAAUGUUUGAUUGUAGGCGAGAAGCUUGUAUGGAUUCCCCCUUCACUUCUCCACUUCCCAAAAAACAAAGGGGAAUAAGCUUUGGUUCGCUCCAGAAGCCUCGUAGGAGUGGAGCCUGCCACAGAGAGGGGCCUACGGCUGGGGCUGGACUGGACUUCGCCUGAGCACCUACUUUCUAUGCACACAGUACCCCAUUCCCUAGCAGAACCGGGGGAGUCCUUUCUGGGUGCUGCACCACACGUCUCGGGUGGCUUUCUGUCUCGAAGCCCUAGACCCAUUUUGCUGCUGCUGCUGGUGCCAAUCUCCCAGGACACUGCCACCUGGAAUGCAUACGCGCCCCCUCUUCCUCCUUGCUAGCCUUGAAGCACUGCAUCUCCAGCUGCCCCGGCAGAACCCUGGGUGGCUUCCCACCCGCCUUCCCUGCUUUCCCUGUCUGCCCCACGCUGGUGACCUGACCCAUGCUCCCAGCGAGGGCUUCAUUGGCCCCAUCCGUCUGGACCUGCUGGAAUCCCGUUCUUGCUUAGAGGCAGCCUCACCCGGCAAGUCCCAGGUCCCAGGUACUGUGCUUCCUUCCCCGGGACGUUCCUGGCACAUCUGUGGAGAGGUGAGCUUGUGCAGAGGGCCAGACAGGUGCAAGCUUGGACCGGUGGCCUCCCCAGGGCUGGAGGAGGGCGUUGGUACCGCUCAUUCUCCCUGCCCUCGUGUGGUCCGAGCAGGGCCUGGUGCCCCUCUCCUCCCCUGUCUAGUGGGGCGGUGGGGGCCUCCUCUCAGCCCCAGUAGUCCCUGCUCCCAAGAAUGCCCGCGUGCAGCAGGCCGCCUCUGGGCAGAAACCCCCACCCCGUGUCUGGCACCCAGGAGGGCGAGGCAGGCACCACCUUUAGGUAACAGGUCCUAAGCCGGGUUGGGAGAUGGAGGAGUGAGGGGUGUGUGUGUGGGUGUGGGUGUGUGUGCACGUGUGCAUGCCUUUUUUCUUUUUGCUGUGGGACAGUUGAAUUUGGGACGUUUUCCUGUAGGAAACAGCUCUGUCCUGGCGAGGUCUGGCUGUAGCCCGACGCCUGUCCAAGGCGCAUGGUGAGCAGGCUGGUGGCCUGAGGCUGCAAGGUGGGAAGUGGGCGAGAGAGGGAGCCCCUCCCCAGAUUCAGUCUGAGCCCCAGCAGGAGAGCGAGGCAGGGUUGCCAGGGCUCAGGCACUGUGUCGCCCUCCUUCCCUUUGUUCCGUGGUUGGUGUGGGCGCGGCACUGCUGCCCUUUGUACCUGGACAGCGGUAUGUGUGGCAAGCAAGCUGGUGGGUGCUUGUGGUGGGGCCUCAUGGUGCCUAGGAGGAGAUGAAGAUGAGGUUUUCCUUACCGUGUAAAUGAGUAUUUGUAUGAUUAAAU